GUUUUGCACCGGGAAGUAAGCAGGUCUCCUGCCACAAAAUUCAGCCCCGAGGACCUGGGUGAUUUUUUGAGCCGGGCAAGCCUUGGUGAAACCGGUGAGGUGUUGGAUCCUGAUUUGGAUCUUGAUCUACAUCCCAGUCUCAUCGCCGACGUCAGGGAGAAUUUCCCAGCCAAACGCAAGCGGUCCUCCUCCAUUGACUCGUCCGCUGGGCCACCAGAUGCUCUCUGCUAG